CUUCAACACCAUUUGCUUUGCCUGCGCCCAGACUUGCCUUUCCUAUUCCGCCGCGCUACCUGUCCUACCAAGCUGCUGCUGCGACUUCCUUUCCUUCUCCGAUGCCGACCUGAUCAGAUUGUCAUCACUCAGCUUGAACGUCCUCUUAUUCCCUCGAUUUGUCGCUGCCUUACAUUCUAUCCGGCCUCAUCGUUUCUCGCAUCUCUUGUCGUUGAAGCAUCGUCCUCCGAGCAUCGCGUAUCAUCCCCUACGCGCCAAAUAACCUCCCUUCACUUUUAUUCAGCAUCCCACCACCGUAUUUUACAUCGCUAAGCCGCGACUUUCAGCUGGAUCUUCCUCCUACCGUUCCCAUCCUCCGGUCAUUAUGAGCUACAAUCAAGGUUACGGCCAACAGGGCGGCCAAGGCUAUGGCAACUACAAUCCCUAUGGACAAUCGGGCAACCCAUAUUCUCAGGGGAGCUACAACGAUGGCCAGGGAUACAACGAUCAGCCAGGUUACAGUGACCGACCACAAGCGCCAGCGCAGCCACAGGGAGGGAACUACUACGCUGAUGAAGAGCAGCGAGCUGGCGGAUAUGAGAUGAGAAAUAUGAACGGAAAUGACCCCAACCGAAUCCUCAAUGAAUGCCGAGCUGUCGACCAAGCCAUUGACGAGAUCGAGGCAGACCUGCAGCGUCUGAAGGGUCUCCAGUCGCGUUACCUUGCUGACACAAACACCUCUGCUCAAUCGCCCCUGCGCAUCGAAGUCGACCGAACCGGCGAAAACAUCAUGACCAAGUACAGAGGUCUCGUCAGCCGUGUCAAGAAUAUCAAGCAACAACCAGAGUCUGGUAACCCACGUAAUGCGCCGCAAGUCGGAAAGGUUGAUCGAAGAUUGAAAACUGCCAUCAACCAGUACCAACAGGUCGAGCGGGAGUUCCGAAAGGCAUCGCAAGAGCAGAUGGCGAGACAAUACCGAAUCGUUCGCCCCGACGCCUCGGAUGCUGAAGUGCGUGAAGCUGUGGAGGAUCCAAACAAUCAACAAAUCUUCAGCUCUGCUUUGAUUCAGAGCGAUCGCCGUGGCGAGGCACAGACCGUCGCACGAAACGUUUCUCAGCGCCACGAAGAUAUCCAGAAGAUCGAACGGCAGAUGAUCGAGCUCGCCCAGCUCUUCCAAGAUCUCGAGGCUUUAGUCGUGCAACAAGAACCCGCUGUUACGCAGAUUGAGCAACGCGGAGAAGAAGUCACAGAGCACGUCGCAAAAGCAAACACCGAACUCGAUGGGGCCGUCAAGAAGGCGAGAGCUGCUAGAAGGAAGAAGUGGAUGUGCUUGGGCAUUGCCGUACUUAUCGUCAUUAUCAUCAUUGUCGUGGUUGUCGUUGUGGUGGAGGUUACGAAGAAAUAGGGGCGCCGCGAUAACUCGAACAACAGCCACACCACCACAAGCUCACAUGCCCAACUCCUUCCCUCCGGGUUAUGGCGACGAUCUUAUGUCUUACCUACGGAUUAUGAUGCUCAUCCUGUGGUCAAGGCAGAUUUUCUUCUACUGCGCAGUUUGCAUAUGAGAAGGCAGCCUUGUGGAAGGGGGGAAAUGCCCUCAAAUCAUCCGUUUGAGAUGUUUUCUCUGGGAGAGCCUUGAUGGCCUUCAGUGCUUGCUACCUGUGCGCAAUACCGAGGAGGGACCAGAGAAAGGCGGUCGAAAUGCAGAGCAGAGGAAAGUUUCGUAUGUUCAGAAAAGCCGGCGCAAAGCGUUACUGUUCUUUUUGUGUUUUCUAUUGUUGGACUUCAUUGGGAACGUUUGUACAGCACAACUUAGACAAAUUACUUAAUAAGGCCCAUGGCUUUGGAAGCCUAACAGUGCUCAGAGAGAGGGCGUGAAAGAGAAUAUCCCAGACCUCAAUUGUUCUCUGAUCUGAUGGACUCCGCACAUCUCAAGUACCAUUC